CUUGCACAUAAUAUAACAGAUGCACAAGAGAUACAAAAUGAUGAGUCGAACAAUAACUUUGAUAUCAUUGAACAACUUCGAGGGCCAGAUUGUUUUAAUCACGAAAUACAACAAUAUACUUCCAUAAAGGCUGAAUACUUCCAAGCCGAUAAUUCAUUAGAAUUGAAUAAUAUUGGACCAGUAACGAAUCUUCAUAUUAUUGCACAUCGUGGUCAACUGAAGAAACUAUUACAAGACUCUUUAGAUAAUACUAAUCGAUCGAAUUCUCAAAAAACUCACAAAAAAGUACUUCAUAGAUCUGAUGUUCCAAAUAAACCUUUGUGA